GAUGGGCGACUUCCGAGACAUCAGAGGCUUCUUCACCAAGGCCGAGUGGGGCGAUCUGGCCGAGUGCGAGAAGCGGCGCUACAGGAACAUCAAGCAGAACCACGCCGUCAUGCUGAACCUCGGGAUGAACCCGGCCCAGCCCGAGUUCAUGCGAGCACGCGGCAAGCGCAGGGCGAGGGGGAAUGGAGCGGAGUGCGGGCGGUCGAGCGACUCCGACGAGGAAUGGACGAGGAGGAGGAAGACGAAGGAGGUGGCGGUGCACGGAGGACGAAGAGGCGGAGGAGGCAAACGAGGAGGCAAGGGGGCUGCUUCACGCUGGGCUACCGUGGGAGAGUCGCACGCGAGGGCAGCUCCCAGCAAGCGCAAGACUAAAGCGGAAGCCCUGGAGUACGUGUGGAGCAUCUUGCAGGGCGUGGAGGAGGAGCAGCAGCAGGAGGAGGAGUUCAGGGGAUUUGAGCUGAGGGAGGUGCACAAGGCCAGGAUGGCGAUGUUCAGGCUGGAGCGCAGAGCCACCGCCUGCAAGGAGGCCCUGAGGGUGGUGCUCCAGAGGAUACGUGGAGGCUCCUCCGUGCCGCCGGCCUCCUCCGCCCAGGCUGCGGCGGUGUCGCUCAGCGCUCGCUCUCGCUACGGCCUGCGGCAGCGCGAGAGGAAAGUCUACACAGAGGUGGAGGAGCCCCAGGACGACGACUUCUUCUUCUGCGAGCUGUGCAGGGAUUUCUACCUGGGGGAGUGCUCCGUGCACGGCCCGCCAGAGUUCAUCGCGGACGCGGCCGUGGCCCCGGGAGUGGCCGACAGGGCCCGGCUCAGCCUGCCCCAGGGCCUCACCGUCGGCGCCUCCUCCAUCGCCGGCGCCGGCCUCGGGGUGUGGAGCAACAGGAAGAAGCUGCCCAAGGGGGUGAUGUUUGGGCCCUACCAGGGAGAGGUGUCUGAGGAGAACCCCGUGAGCGAGUACUGCUGGCUGAUUUACAAAAACAAAAAGGAUCGUGAAUAUGUUGAUGCUCAGGAUGAAUCAAAAUCAAAUUGGAUGAGGUUCGUCAACUGCGCGAGGAAUGAGCAGGAGCAGAACCUGGUGGCCUUCCAGCACCGGGGGCAGAUUUACUACCGCACGUUCCGUGCCGUGGGGCCCGGCUCUGAGCUGCUGGUCUGGUACGGCGAGGAGUUCGCCCAGGAGCUGGGCAUCGCCUGCGAGGCCGGGCCCUCGCGACGCCGCAGCAGCAGCAGCGAGUUGGCUCCCAGGGCCACCGCCAGAGACCUGCAGCCCGUGCAGCCUCCACCAAGCGAGGAACACUGUGAGCACCGCUCACCAGAGACUCACCACUGCUCACCAGACUAUAGCCACUACUCACCAGAGAUGAUAGCCACCACUCACCAGAGAGUGCAAGUUAGUAACAGGUGUGGUGUAGUGGGUGUGGAGGUCACAAGGCUGCCGUGUCCUGCCUGCAACCGUCAGUUCAUCUUCCGCUCUAGUCUAGAGCAUCACGUGCAGAGGAGACACCCCACUAAGCCCAGUAACAAAAGUCAUCAGUGUGACCAAUGUCCAUACAGCACAGACCGCAAGAGUAGCUUGAAGAUACACCAGAGAACACACACGAGAGAGAAGCCGUUCAAGUGCACCGUGUGUGAGAAGGCGUUUGCACAUCUACAACAUCUUCACAGCCACCAGAGAACACACACGGGAGAGAAGCCGUUCAAGUGCACCGUGUGUGAGAAGGCGUUUGCACAACUACCACAUCUUCACAGCCACCAGAGAACACACACGGGAGAGAAGCCGUUCAAGUGCACCGUGUGUGAGAAGGCGUUUGCACAUCUACAACAUCUUCACAGCCACCAGAGAACACACACGGGAGAGAAGCCGUUCAAGUGCACCGUGUGUGAGAAGGCGUUUGCACAACUACCACAUCUUCACAGCCACCAGAGAACGCACACGGGAGAGAAGCCGUUCAAGUGCACCGUGUGUGAGAAGGCGUUUGCACAACUACCAGAUCUUCACAGGCACCAGAGAACACACACGGAAGAGAAGCCGUUCAAGUGCACCGUGUGUGAGAAGGCGUUUGCACGGCUAUCAGAUCUCCACAGCCACCAGAGAACACACACGGGAGAGAAGCCGUUCAAGUGCACCGUGUGUGAGAAGGCGUUUGCAUUACUAUCAACACUUCAUAGCCACCAGAGAACACACACGGGAGAGAAGCCGUUCAAGUGCACCGUGUGUGAGAAGGCGUUUGCACGGCCAUCAACACUUCACAGGCACCAGAGAACACACACGGGAGAGAAGCCGUUCAAGUGCACCGUGUGUGAGAAGGCGUUUGCAUUACUAUCAACACUUCAUAGCCACCAGAGAACACACACGGGAGAGAAGCCGUUCAAGUGCACCGUGUGUGAGAAGGCGUUUGCACGGCCAUCAACUCUUCACAGCCACCAGAGAACACACACGGGAGAGAAGCCGUUCAAGUGCACCGUGUGUGAGAAGGCGUUUGCACGGCCAUCAACACUUCACAGCCACCAGAGAACACACACCGGCCAGAAUGCAUUUUCUCAUCCACGUGAAAACAGAAAAGUCAGCCAUCCAGAGCACAAAGCGCACAGCGCCGAGCUGUGAAUUAGUUUCAAACAACAGGCCACGUGAUUAGCCGAGGCUGUGCCACUCUUGAAACUGAUUUUGAACGUGAACACGGAAACCUACGGAAUCCUCCUACACCUGCCUCACACCCUGUGGGGGGCGGGAGAUUAAACCGGUCCCAACCACUGCACGUCCCCACCCCACCCCCACCACCUGGGGGUCCCUGUGUGUGUGAGUGUGCAGAGUCCCCCGUGCAGAGCUGCACUGUUGUUACCCUAGAGGGGGGCACCGCAGGGCGAUCCACCUACAGAUACCCCAGUCUGCACGUCUCCCGCCGCUCUCCGUGAGCACCGCGUGCCGACUCGUAGCCCUGCCCCGUGCGACGUAUGUACAGUGCGUACAGUGCGUACCCAUCCAGCGGUAGGCCG